UCUGAAUGAUAUUUGGUUCACAGACCAGAAUUUGACAAAGUGGAGCAAAAAUUGGCCAUGUGAUAUCCCGUGACAACUGCCAUUAAGAUGUCAUCCUUGUACAUUCUUUUAAUUGCACCGGGUGGUUCACAUCGGACCUAGCACCCAAAUGUUUUCCUGGCUGAGGUUCAUGUGUUAGUGAUGCCACCAAGCUCAGGGGAAUUAUGGGGGCAUCACUUGAUGCCCUCACAGGUGCCAGUCGACUGUCUCCUUCCGACCGGCAUCAUUGUCCCAAUGUUGUGCAACAGGGACGCAACUCUGGAGAAAAUCAAAACAGAUCUGUGGAUAGAAUCCAAGAAGUAUCCCCUUCAUGGCCAUCUCCUGGGUGCCGAGUCGUACAUAUUCGUUGGAAUUACCCAGGAUGCCGAGCGAGAGGAGUUCUACGAUGAAACUCGGAGACUGUGUGACUUGCGAUUGUUUCAAGCCACUCUCAAAGUGAUGGAACCAAUUGGAAACCGAGAGGAAAAAAUGUUAAAUUAUGAAAUAGGCAUGUUGAUUGGUAAACCUGUAAAUGAAUUCAAUGAGAUGAAGGAUCUGGAAGUGAUGACAUUUCGACGGAACAUUCUGGGAGUGUGCAAGGAGACAAUUGACCAGCGGGAGAAGGACAACAUACUUAGUCGGGCUAUGUAUGCGUAUCCACCCGAUAUUGAAUCAAAUCAAGUGCUGCCACCACAUCUCACUGAAAAACUGAAAAAAUUUGGUGAUGAUAACUCUGUGAUAAUCUGUGUGUGGGUUGUGGCCGAGGACAAUAAUAGAUCUAAAUACAGCGUGAAGGUUGCCCACAAUGCAACACCAACAGAUGUGAUUGCGGAAACCAUCCGUCGACGACGUAGACUGAUGAUGAUGUCAAAGGAGCACACCCAGCGGUGCAUAGAGGAGUACAGCCAUGCAUACGUUCUAAAAGUGUGUGGGUGUGACCAGUUCUUCCUGGAGGACUGUCCAAUCAGCCAGUAUAAGCCGAUCCGUGAGUGCAUUGCCAAUGAGAGGAUCCCCCAGUUGAUGCUGUUGCUGAAGGAGAGUGUGUUUGAUUCCCUGCAUGAGAAUGAGUUUUUCCUGCCAUCAUACUCUGUACGAGGUAUUCAGGCACUAAACGAGAUCAACAACCAGCAGACUGUGUCUCUGUGGGAUGUUCAGGCCAUGCUGAGGAUAAAGAUGAACUGUGCCACAUACGUCAACGUCAAGGAGCUGGGCAAGAUUUACGUGAAAGCAUGCGUGUACCACGGGACGGAGCCACUGUGUGAAGCACGUAACACCCAGCAAGUGGACUCGACCAAUCCACGCUGGGAUCAGUGGCUGGAGUUCCUGCCCAUUCCAGACAUCCCUCGCAGUGCUCGUCUCUGUCUCUCAAUUUGCUCUGUCUCCAAGAGGAAGAACAAGAAGGUCCACUAUGCUCUGGCGUGGGGCAACCUUCAGAUGUUUGACUUCAACGACCGUCUCCUGUCAGAGAAGAUCAGCCUCCACCUCUGGCCCAUGCCCCAAGGAAUGGACGACUUGGUUAACCCCAUCGGAUCACCAGGAUCCAACCCAGACAAAGACUGUCCGUGUCUGGAGCUGGAGUUUGACAGAUUCAGCCAUCCUGUACGGUACCCCCCUGACUCACACUUCGAACAGCUGGCCAAUCACAUCACACAUCGGGAUACAUACAGCCAGAUUGACACCAAACAGGAGCUGGAACGUGACAGGAAGAUGCUGGAGGACAUCAUCAGUAAAGACCCUCUGUCAGAUCUGUCUGAGCAGGACAAGGAACUCUUGUGGAAAAGGAGGGAGCUUUGUUUAGGAAUGCCCCACUCUCUGCCCAAGCUGUUGUCCUCUGUGAAGUGGAAUGACAGAGAAAAUGUAGCACAGCUGUAUGUGUUGUUGAGAAGAUGGCCCUCGGUCCUGCCGGAGGUGGCCUUGGAACUGUUGGACUGCUCCUACUCCGACCUGAGGGUCCGACAGUUUGCCGUGGAAUGCCUGGACCGCGGUCUCCGUGACGACAAACUGUCACAGUAUCUUCUGCAGCUUGUGCAGGCAAUGAAGUAUGAACCGUAUAUGGACAAUCCAAUGACAAAGUUCCUACUGAAGAGAGCCCUUCUGUCCCAGAGGAUAGGAAACUUCUUCUUCUGGCAUCUCAAAUCUGAGAUGCACCAGACAUCAUCUCGGCUGAGGUUUGGCCUGAUGUUAGAGGCGUACUGUCGAGGAUGUGGGUCGUUCCUGAAGACACUGAGUCGACAGGUGGAGGCAUUAGAAAAGCUAACUAAACUCACUGACAUGCUCAAGUCAGAGGUCAAAGAUGAUGAGCAGAUGAAGUUCCUGCAGGAACAGCUGCAGCAGCCCGACUACCAGGAGGCGCUCCAGAGCAUCAUCUCCCCUCUCAACACGGCACAUGUCCUUGGGGAGGUCAUACAAGCUGACUGCCGCGUCAUGACGUCCAAGAAGCGCCCCCUGUGGUUGGUGUGGAGUAACCCUGACCCUAUGAGAGACGUGCAUGAGGCGGACUACAGACUUAUGUUCAAGAAUGGUGAUGAUCUGAGACAGGACAUGCUGACUCUCCAGGUGAUACGGCUGAUGGACACCAUCUGGAAGGCUGAAGGCCUGGACCUCAGGAUGAUUCCCUAUGGAUGUUUGGCAACAGGGAAGGAUGUGGGUCUGAUUCAGGUUGUUCGGAAUGCCAAGACGAUCACAUCGAUACAGUCUCGGGGAGGAACUCGGGCCGCCAUUCAGAUGGAUUCUUCACAGCUUCACCGCUGGAUCAAGGAGAAGAAUGCAGACAGAUAUGACCAAGCAAUCGACGCAUUUACAAGGUCAUGUGCAGGCUACUGUGUCGCCACGUUCGUUCUGGGCAUCGGCGACAGGCAUCCUGAAAACAUCAUGGUGACAGAAGAAGGACAGGUAUUCCACAUUGACUUCGGUCAUUUUUUGGAUCACAAAAAGAAAAAGUUUGGGAUCAACAGAGAACGUGUUCCAUUUGUCCUGACUGAGGAUUUCAUCCGAGUGAUAGCUAAGGGUGCAGACCAGCCAUCAAAACAGGAAGAGUAUGAACGGUUCCAGAAGCUGUGUAUAUCUGCCUACGUGUUCCUGCGGAAACAUGCCCACCUGUUCAUCACUCUGUUCACGCUGAUGUUGUCGUGCGGAAUCCCAGAGCUUCAGUCUCUAGAUGACAUAGGCUACAUUCGAAAGACUCUGGCAGUGGAGAAGACUGAGAAGGAGGCUGUGAAGUACUUCAUGGAACAAUUCGGGAAUGCAUAUGGAGAUUCAUGGACCACAAAGUUUGACUGGUUUUUCCACAAUAUCAAGCAAUGGCUCUAACCCUGUGGAUCAUUGUCCUGGAUCCUGUUGCUCUACAAUGCGAUCUUAGCGCUAUGGAUGUCGUAAUUCAGUGUUGAAAAAGGGGUGUCACAAUCUUCUCAGCACAAAGAUCUUAGUUCUAAGUCUUGUUCAAAAGGCGAUCUUAGCACUAUAAAUGUCAUAAGCCAAUGUUAAUGAUCUUAGUUCUAUGGUAUGUUUCACAAAGCAAUCUUAGUGCUAUGAAUGUCAUUAGUUA